AUGGAGUUCUUGAAAGCAGCACAAUCCGUCUUUGCUGAGGACAAGCAGCAGCAGUCCCAGAACCACCAGCAGUCGGGACAGAAUGGAGGAGACGACAGAGCCAUCCCCCUACCCGGCUUCAUCGCCCAACACAUUGACUCCUACAUCGACUCCCUGAAACCCGAAAUCGCCCCCAUCGCCUCCCAGCACAUUCUCUCCUUCCAAGAGCGCGCCCUCAACGAUGUUGAGCAAAACGUUCACACGAUCCUCGAGCAAAUCUUCCACGGUGACUUCUCCGCCUUCCACCGCGACGAAGAAGCCGACCGCUCUAUCGAACAGUCCCGCGACUUCUCCCUCGACGGCGGUCAACGCCUCGUCGACCCGGUCACCGCACCCACGGACCGCAACAUCCUCACCAACGCCUUUGAAGCCGCCAAAACAUUCGCCCACGAAACAUCCGACAAGUUGGACAAUAUCACCCUGGACCCCCGCGAAAAGGCCCUCCAGCUGAUCCCGCACCUCCGCGAAAAACUCUCGGCCCUCCUCACAGACAAACACCGCUCCCUCGCCGACUCCUUCGCCGAAACCGCCGCAUCGUCCCUCAAAGCCUACAUCCGCGGCAACAUCUCCGCCCGCGAGCUCGGACAGGCCGGGGCGGGCGACAUCUCCGACACCAUCGCCGGGUUCUUCUCGAAUGGAGAGAACAAGGAGAACACGGGUGGAGACCGCGCCCUCCCGAUCCCCGGCGGCCUAAUCAACCUCAUCGCUCAAAAAAUCGCCCAAGCCCUCUCCACCCUCAAACCCCACCUCCACUCCAACCUCCACCGCGACCUCACCACGAUCGAAGCCUCCCUCUUCUCCGACCUGCCCCAGCACAUCCAAGGGCCCCUUAAAAUCGUGUUUGGCGGGAACCCCUUCGACGACAAUAGUGGCCAGAGUGGUGACCGUGACUUGGACAGGGGUUUGAUCAGCGACAUUGGAGAUAAGUUGAAGAGCAUUGUGAGGGGCAUCCAUGAGGCGUUGCAGCAGAAGGCCCGCGCGGUCGUUGUCAAGGGACAUACGUUCCUGGAGGAUGCGGCUGUUGAGGGCGCGUUGGAGGUUGUUAAGGGGAGGGUUAGGAAGGUUUUGCCCGGGGCGCAGAUUUAG